AUGGACAACCAACUGGCUGCGGAGUGCCCACAGGAGACACUUGCAAGUGGUUGCCCGAAGCACCAGGUGGCUAAUGUGCAUCCCGGUAGGAUCGUCCUCGACAGCCAACCGAGAAGACAGACGAGUGCAGAGAAGGAAGCUAACAAUGAAUGCACCCAGGAAGCCCUUGCCAAAAAGGUUGCAGUGCUGAAGAGAGGUUAUCAACGGAUCGGCGAAAUUGAGGAUGAAAUGGAGGUCAACCAAAGUGGUGUCGCCGCCGGCACUAAGCCCAUCAAGCUGUGUCCUCAUCCUCGUCCUCAUCCUCACACUGUUGGCAGGCAAAGAAAUGAGAGUGAUGGCGGGAUGAAUGAGCCACUUACCCCCCUAGCUGACGUGGAAGACAAUGCUGGACCUGUAGUGAUGAAGGGGAAAGGGACAAAAGCAGCAAAGGCAAAAUCGCUGCAUGAAGCGAUAAUCUCCAUGUGCAACAAAGUAUCCCCACCAUCAACACAUGACAAUAGCAUCGGUGCUAGUACUGGUUCGAUUGCCAGUCCUCGCACAUCAGCUGCACCACCUCCAUCCACAAGUACCCUCGCUACAAGUACUACCGAUGUCAAGUUCCGUGUAUUCAAUCUCAGCUCUCCACUGCCAAAUGAUCCCCAAUACAACUACAAGUUUGAAUCCCAACUACCAGAAAACUUCAACUCGCUACCUGAUUGUGUUAUGCCUGAGCGCGGUGACUUCUUCAAAUGGAAUAGGCACGAAGCGCGCAAGGUGGGAGCCUAUGGGCUGAACUUGUCGUAA